CGGAUUUAAUUGUUAGUUGGUAUAACCUUAUUGUUUAGAAAUCAAACAAUCCAGUAAAAUAUAAGAUAAAAUAAUAAUGUCUAACCAUUUACAAGGUGGAACGGUAGAUAUAUCAUUAAUUCAAACUGCUGCACGUAAUAAUUUGAUUAAUUUAUUGGAAAAAUGUCCUGGAACAAAAGCCAUCGUUUGGGACAAUUCCUUGGCCGGGCCAACAGGGCUUGUAUUUCAAUAUCCAAUACUUAAAGAACAUGAUGUCGUGAAAAUGUACCCCCUUCGGAACGUACCCUUUCCAGAAACUGCUGUUAAACAUAUACUUUUUAUUACCAGACCAAAGCUAGAACUUAUGGACCUUGUAGCCCAAAAUGUUCACAGUGAUUCUAAUAGUCGAGCAACUGUAAAGAAACAAUAUCAUUUAUUUUUUGUGUCUAGAAAGAGUUGGUUAUGCAUUCAGAAAUUACAAGAAAGUGGCAUGUUUGGUAGUUUAACACUUAUAGAAGAAUUGAAGUGUGACUUUUUUACUUUUGAUUCCGAUUUAAUUUCAAUGGAGAUACCAGAUGUUUACAAAGAGUAUUACUUGGAGAAUGAUCCGACUUGUUUAUAUCAAGUGGCACAAGCUAUUGUAUUUUUACAAAAAAUAUAUGGGCCUAUACCAAAGUUUUGGGGCAAAGGUGUAAUGGCUCAGCAAGUGUGGACGUUAGUUAAUCGGCUUCAAAAAGAAAACAAUAAUAAUUUUAUUAAUGACCAAAGAACCUCCCCUAUUAGUCAGAUUAUUUUAAUUGAUAGAAGUGUAGACCUUAUUUCGCCUUUGGUAACACAGUUAACUUAUGAGGGACUUAUUGAUGAAAUUUAUGGUAUCAAUAAUGGUUCAGUUCAUAUUGCAGCUGAUAGAUUUUUGAGCAAUGAAGAACGUAACACCAAAUCAUUAACAGAAGAUAAAAAACAAAUUAUUCUUAAUUCAGGAGAUAAACUCUUCUCUGAAAUAAGAGACAAGAACUUUAAUGCUGUAGGAGCCUAUUUAUCAAAACAAGCAAAAAUAAUAAGCUCCCAGAUGGAAGACAGGCGUGAUAAAACAGUUCAAGAAAUGAAAUUGUUUGUACAGCGUUUACCCCAAAUAUUAGCUAGUAAAGAAGCCCUUGCUAAGCACACAGCAAUUGCAGAAUGUGUAAAAGAAGUUACAGACAGUUUCGAAUUUUUGGAUAAUUUACAGGUAGAACAAGAAUUUUUAAAUUGUAUUGAUACCGACAAAGUCAGUCCUUAUAUAGAAGAUUUGAUAGCUCAACAGCAACCCUUAGUGAAAGUAUUGAGACUUAUCUGCCUCCAGUGUGUUGCAAAUUCUGGCUUGAAGUCGAAAGUUUUGGAUUAUUACAAAAAGGAAAUUGUUCAAGUUUAUGGGGUGAAAAGCCUAUUGGCACUCAUUAAUUUAGAAAAAGCUGGAAUUUUAAAGGUGCAGUCUGGUACAAGGCAAUAUGCUGUUUUACGAAAAGCUUUACGAUUAACCAUGGAAGACACUUCAGAAAUAAAUCCUACAGACAUAAGUUACGUCCACAGCGUGUAUGCCCCUUUAAGUGUUCGAAUAGCAGAACAAAUGACCAAAGUAGGGGGCUGGAAGCAGCUUCAAGACGUUCUGGGUUUGCUUCCAGGGCCGGUGUUUGAUGAAAAUUUGGCCAUUGCUGCGGACCCAUCUGUUGAAAAUGGCAACGAGUCUCACAGCGUCGUCUUGGUGUUCUUUGUAGGAGGGUGCACUUUUGCUGAGAUAUCCGCUCUGCGCUUUUUAUCUCAGCAAGAGGACUCCAAUGUCGAAUUCGUGAUUGCCACAACAAAACUUAUAAAUGGAAAUACUUUUUUGAAAAGUAUUAUGGAAGUCUAACUGAAGGAAAAUGGUAAAUGAGAUAAAGGGGAAGUAAAACAAGCCAGAAGUGCUACUUUGUAAGCUUUAAUUUUUUUAUGCAAAUACUUAUACACCCUGUAUAGUAAUAAAAAUAACCAAUUAUCUUUAAUACUAUACAAAGUGUAACAUUAUCAAAAUAAUUCCAUUUCAUCUAGAUAUAUAUUGUGGAUAAAAAUAAUGUAAAGCAUAUAUAAACUAAAAAUGAACUAUCUACAAAAUAGUUUAAAUAGA